AUGUCGUGCUCUUCGGAGCCUGAACCAGAACCGCUGCAAUCCGACAGCGAGUCGGCAUCCUGUGCUACGCCUUCUCCGACGCUGGUCGUCCUCUCGUUUCGGACGCUUUUCAUGUUUUAUUACGAGACCGUGCUCAGAGAUACCGAUCCGUCGGAUCUCUCAAACUGUGCCAAAGCGUCCAUGAAUGCUGGGGAUCAGAUUAGCAUCUUCUGGCGGCCUGGUGCCAGAGAGUUCCUGCAAUGGAUGCUGAACGACUUCCCCAAUCAUUAUCCUCUGAAGCUUGGUCUCAUCUCCAACUCCCUGACCUCUGAGGACCUUCGCAGAGUCAUCUGCAGUAUCCUGGAAACGAUGGGUUGGGGACCUCCUGGACAUGCACCGGGCGGGCUUGUUGUCGGGAAGCACCACAUACACCUGUUUGGGUAUGAGUACGUGGACUACGUCGAGACUGUGUCUGGAACGAAGCAGAGGCCACGUUGGAACCCCAUUGUGACGCAUACAGGCUCGGAAGAAGACAAGUCCAUGCUCGUCAUAGAGGGCACCGGCAUCUACGCCGACAUGGAGGCCAUCAAUGCGCUUAUUGUUCCGCCGUUCAUUCAAGACGUACUUCAGACUUGGGCAUGGGACGAAACGUGUGAUGAAGAGCUGAAGAAGCUCCGAUAUUAUCUGGACAAAUUCUUUUUCAGACUUCACUGCGAGCGCCGGGGGGAUGUCAAAGAACUCCUCGAAUGCGAGCUGUAUAGUGAGUAG